AUGCCACGUGAAGUUCAGGUGGAAGUGGAGAAGGAUGUGGAGGAUGUGAGUGAAACCCCACAAACGGUACCGACUGAAACCCCGCAGUUUGGCCUCUUACCAAGCCUUGUACUGUCAGGAAUGUACGUUGGCACAAGCAUCAUGCUUUUUCUUACGAUAAGGCACAGUAAAGUUCUUGAGAAGCGGGGGAUUUUAUCGUACGAUAGCACAUCCAUUGUGAUGUCGAUUGAGGUGGCGAAGACCAUUGCGUCAGUGAUACUCCGGUAUGCGUUGAGUGGUGAGUUCCUGUUAUUUAGCGUCACGUUUGGGCCGAGACGUGGAGAGUUGUGGCGGAUGAGUUGGGUCUACGCCACACCCGCCUUUCUCUAUGCGCUUUACAACAAUCUGACGUACCUGAACCUUCGUCUGUUUGACCCGGGGACGCUGCAGUUAUUUAUGCAGACCCGCAUUCUCUUUACAGGAUUUCUUUUUGUGUUUUUACUCAAGCGGGUCCUUUCGAUCCGACAGUGGGCAGCGCUUGCGAUUUUGACACUCGGUCUUGUCAUAAAGUAUAUCUCACCCACCGUGAUGCAGGCGGUGGAUGUGCGCAUAUUGGCCAUGCUGCUGCAGGCAUUUCUUUCAUCCCUCGCCGGCGUGUACAACGAGGUUGCCUUAAAGCGGGAAACCCACAUCAGUAUACAUCUGCAGAAUUUCUUUAUGUAUUUGUACGGCAUUCUAUUUAAUUUGCUUCUGGGUCUCAUGAUUGCCCCGCAGGAGUAUCUUAAAGACAGUAUCUUUCGUCACCCACACAUUAUUUUUCUCCUUAUUAUUUUGUCUGGAACGUUGAAUGGUCUCACCACUGCCUUUAUUCUGAAAUUUAUCAACGUCAUUGUGAAGGCAUUUGCCUCGGCCGUAGAAGUGAUCCUUAUGGUCGUUUUGGCAGCGGUACUCCUUGGGGAGCCAAUCACGCAACAAGAUUUCAUGGCUGGAAUUUUGGUUAUGUGCUCUGUGUGUCUUUACUACACAAAUGGCUGCGGUAGCGAUGCGCCAACUAAAUCGAGGUAA